AAAUAUUCCAUGAUGGAGAACAUCCUUCAAAGUACUGCAGUUUUGGAAGCCAGUGGCAUCUCCGAGCUGUUUGGGUUUCAUAUGGAAUGGGAGAGAAAGGCCUGGAGGACUUUCUGGAGGCGGGGGACGUUCUUGCUACUUUGUGCCCUAAAAUAGCAGAAGAAUGACUGUGUGAUCCUGCUUAGGAUGGGAGCCAUCCCUGAACUUAGCAGAUCUUUUAACAUGAAAUAGAGCUUCCAGGUUUUGUUGGGGAAAUGUAUUGUACAUUUGCACACAAUACAACCAGAUGUGUGCACCGUUCUUAAAGACAGGAAGGCUGAGUUUCUCUCUCUUCCUUCCUUCCUUCCUUCCUUCCUUCCUUCCUUCCUUUCUUUCUUUUCUUUUCUUUUCUUUCUUUCUUUCUUUCUUUCUUUCUUUCUUUCUUUCUUUCUUUCUUUCUUUCCUUCCCUCCCUCCCUCCCUCCCUCCCUCCCUUCCUUCCUCCCUCCCUCACUUCCUUCCUUCCUUCCUUCCUCCCUUCCUUCCUUCCUUCCUUCCUCUGGCAUCUGCCCCAGCUCACAUUCUCAGAUUCCAUCUUCCCAGGCUGAUUUUCUGAGGCGAGCCCAUCAUUUUUGGGAGUAAACACGCUUUCCCUUGUAGUAGAGGCCAAGACUGUAUCUGCCUCCUCUGCCCUCAAAGACAAUGUCGUGUUUGAAGAGUCUGCACUGUCUCUUUUGUAAUUAUUCCCUUUUUAAUUUUUAAACUCAAUCUAGACAGAGUCUUUCAAUCCUUCUGUGGAGAUGCCCACAAAAUACCCACCAUGUUUUAUGCUGCCUUGGUUCCUUUCCAGGAUUCUAUUAGAACACCCGGUCCCAUCCUGCCCAGCCCCCACCUCACUUUGUCAUUCUGUCCUGAUUUCCUGCAGUGAAGCCUUGACCUUAGUCUUGUGAUCAAUCACACCCUCCGUGGUUCCCUUUUCAACAUGAACCCACAUAUGACCUGCCCUGUUAUAAAACAUAAAACCCAGGUGACCAUUGGAUAAAGGAGCUUUUUAAUCCAUUUUCUUAGGGUGGACAUCACUGUCUUUUUAAAGCUGUUUUAACUGUCUUAACGAAAUGUGUUGAUAAUUUCGAUGUGGCCACAGAUUUUUCCAUAAAGAUAUCAUCAGGUUUUGUUUUUUCUUUCUAAUGCCAGGAACAGAUUAAACCUUCCAUGUCACUAUGAAGGUCACAUAUUAGUCAAACUUCAUCAGUGUUUGGGGAAUAAAUGAAUUAAUGAGUUUUGGACUUUCACCCUGUAAUUUAUUCUUUCACUUUCAUAAAUGCACAUCUAAUUUAAUCAAUGAAUCAGAAGAAAGUGUAAAACUCAAUCAGGAUUAACUAGGUGGAACUUCGGAAUCUAAUCAGGCAUCACUUUCUGAUUGGAAGCUGGUGAUUGAGAAGGGGAGGGUGUGGUUAGAAACAUCAAUAAAAGCUCCUGAGUUUGCACAGGAGAGACCCAAAGCCCUGGUGCCUGGAACUACUGCUUGAUUCUCUGAGAGAUCCCAGCACCCUGCAAACUGAGUCCAGAUCUGAGUUUUCCCUUGCAGAUUCAUCAAGAUGAGCAUCAGGGCCCCACCCAGACUCCUGGAGCUGGCAAGGCAGAGGCUGCUGAGGGACCAGGCCUUGGCCAUCUCCACCGUGGAGGAGCUGCCCAGGGAGCUCUUCCCCACACUGUUCAUGGAAGCCUUCAGCAGGAGACGCUGUGAAACCCUGAAAACGAUGGUGCAGGCCUGGCCUUUCACCUGCCUCCCUCUAGGGUCCCUGAUGAAGUCGCCUCAUCUGGAGUCGUUAAAAUCUGUGCUGGAAGGGGUUGAUGUGCUGCUGACCCAAGAGGUUCGCCCCAGGCAGUCAAAACUUCAAGUGCUGGACUUGAGGAAUGUGGAUGAGAACUUCUGCGACAUAUUGUCUGGAGCUGCUGCAUCCUUCCCGGAGGCUCCGAGUCAGAAGCAAACAGCAGAUAACUGUCCAGGGACAGGCGGGCAGCAGCCAUUCAUGGUGUUCAUAGACCUUUGUCUCAAGAACAGGACACUGGAUGAAUGCCUCACCCACCUCUUAGAGUGGGGCAAGCAGAGAAAAGGCUUACUGCAUGUGUGUUGCAAGGAGCUGCAGGUUUUUGGAAUGCCCAUCCACAGUAUCAUAGAGGUCCUGAACAUGGUGGAGCUUGACUGUAUCCAGGAGGUGGAAGUGUGCUGCCCCUGGGAGCUGUCCAUUCUUGUCAAGUUUGCCCCUUACCUGGGCCAGAUGAGGAAUCUCCGCAAACUUGUUCUCUUCAACAUCCAUGCAUCUGCCCGCAUUCCCCCAGACAACAAGGGGCAGUUCAUUGCCCGAUUCACCUCUCAGUUCCACAAGCUGGACUAUUUCCAGAAUCUGUUUAUGCACUCUGUCUCUUUCCUCGAAGGCCAUCUGGACCAGCUGCUCAGGUGUCUCCAGGCCCCCUUGGAGAUGGUCGUUAUGACCGACUGCCUGCUGUCAGAGUCAGACUUGAAGCAUCUCUCUUGGUGCCCGAGCAUCCGUCAAUUAAAGGAGCUGGACCUGAGGGGUGUCACACUGACCCAUUUCAGCCCUGAGCCCCUCACAGGUCUGCUGGAGCAAGUUGUGGCCACCCUGCAGACCCUGGACUUAGAGGACUGUGGUAUCGUGGAUUCCCAACUCAGCGCCAUCCUGCCUGUCCUGAGCCGCUGCUCCCAGCUCAGCACCUUCAGCUUCUGUGGGAACCUCAUCUCCAUGGCUGCCCUUGAGAACCUGCUGCGCCACACCAUCGGGCUGAGCAAGCUAAGCCUGGAGCUGUAUCCUGCCCCUCUGGAGAGUUAUAACACCCAGGGUGCUCUCUGCUGGGGGAGAUUUGCUGAACUUGGGGCUGAGCUGAUGAAGACACUGAGGGACUUAAGGCAGCCCAAGAUCAUUGUGUUCUGCACCGUCCCCUGCCCUCGCUGUGGCAUCAGGGCCUCCUAUGACCUGGAGCCCAGUCACUGCCUCUGUUGAAUGCCUGCCAUCAGGGUGGAUAUAUUUCAAGCUUUCUUCUGGUCAUUUUGCAGCUGAAACCUAGGCCAUGAGUGCACGUUAAAGGGAGCACAGACCCAUCGUUUCAAAUGCCUCCUCAGUGUGAAUGGGAAAGGAAUGAGGAUGCAGGAGGGGCAGGACUGGGGGAAAAGUUGACUUGGAGUGGAUGGGCUCUUUAGAGACCUGUGUCCCAGAGAAUCAGAAAUGGCAAUCUGAAUUGCUAGAGUGAGAAUCGGGGAGGAGAGACACAUGAGAGGGUUACCCCUGCACAGAUGGUUGUAAAGUAACAGUCAGAAAUAAAGGGAAACUGAGUGG